UUACUUCAAGUACUGCAAGAUCUCGGCGCUGGCGCUGCUCAAGAUGGUGAUGCACGCCCGGUCGGGCGGCAACCUGGAGGUGAUGGGGCUCAUGCUGGGCAAGGUGGACGGCGAGACCAUGAUCAUCAUGGACAGCUUCGCCCUGCCCGUGGAGGGCACCGAGACGCGCGUCAACGCGCAGGCGGCCGCCUACGAGUACAUGGCUGCCUACAUCGAGAACGCCAAGCAGGUUGGCCGCCUGGAAAACGCCAUUGGCUGGUAUCACAGCCACCCUGGCUACGGUUGCUGGCUCUCUGGUAUUGAUGUCAGCACUCAGAUGCUUAACCAGCAGUUUCAAGAACCCUUUGUAGCAGUGGUUAUUGAUCCAACACGAACAAUAUCUGCCGGAAAAGUAAAUCUUGGAGCAUUUAGAACAUAUCCUAAGGGUUAUAAACCUCCAGAUGAAGGUCCAUCUGAAUACCAGACUAUUCCUCUUAAUAAAAUAGAGGACUUUGGUGUACAUUGUAAACAGUAUUAUGCUUUAGAGGUCUCUUACUUCAAAUCAUCUUUGGAUCGUAAAUUGCUUGAGCUUUUGUGGAACAAAUACUGGGUGAACACACUGAGUUCUUCUAGUUUACUUACUAAUGCUGAUUAUACCACUGGCCAAGUCUUUGAUUUGUCUGAAAAAUUAGAACAGUCAGAAGCUCAGCUGGGACGAGGCAGUUUCAUGUUGGGUUUAGAGACUCACGAUAAGAAAUCGGAAGACAAACUUGCUAAAGCAACAAGAGAUAGCUGCAAGACCACCAUAGAAGCUAUACAUGGAUUGAUGUCUCAGGUUAUUAAGGAUAAACUUUUUAAUCAAAUUAAUAUAGCUUGAAAUGCAUCACCAGCUGAUACGCAUCUCCACAGCAGAAAAAUUCAUGGUUUCUUUCCUUUGGACUUCUUCAAUUUGGGAAAUGAAGCCUCAAGUGGAAAAUUAUUCGUAUAAUUUGUAGUACUUUAAUAUUUCCCACCUGUUCGACCAGUUUUAAAGAACAAAAUGGUCUGAAAUGUAAUGUUUUGUUCUUUGUCAUAAAACACAACCCACGUGGAGAAUUGUUCCAGAAGAAAAAUAAAUAUGACUUACUAGUUUUUGCUCUUAGAUAUUUAUCUCUACUAUCUGUCUGCAAUAAAAUAAAUAAAUAAAA